CCGAUCUCUGUCGGUGAGACAACACCCAAACGAGCGCUACAUGUCGGUUUGUAGCCAGCUAUAAUUAGCUCUAAAUGGACUGUGUGUGGUUAAACAGUAAGAAAUUCCGUUUUUUGUGUUGAUGAAGAGCGGUUUGAUCAUGAUUUAAAGGACGUCUCUUGCGAUUUUUCCUUAAAAUGAGCACUAAAAAGGAGAGGGAGCAGAAGAGGAAGCUGCAGCACUUUCUGAGUGACUUGGCUUUACUUGGAUCAUUACAGGGUUUUAAGUACUUCCAACCAUGGCUAAGGGGGAAGGAGGAGUUGCUGCUGACUGUCGUCAACGAGGAUCUGGGUUGGCGUUCUCCAGGUUUUCUGGUAUCCAGAGCAUCCUUGAACAGCUCCAGCAGCAGCUGUAGCAGUAGCGGCGUCUCUCCCAGCAGCAGCUCUCCCAGCCUGGACAGUGGCAGCAGCUCCCCCCUACCCGGGGAGCCUCGGGGCACAAUGGACUCCCGGUCUCGCACGCAUACCACGACACAGCCGCAGACACCUAGGGAGCCCAGCAGUGAGGAACAUCUUCUCCCAGCUUCUCCCAGUGAAAGAGAGAUGGCAGUACCAGAGGUGAACUGCACCCUGUUUUUAUUGGCCGGCUACGUCAAGUACGGACGCCCUUACGCCUGGAUCCGCUCCAACCACGAGCGCCUGGUCAACAUCGGCGGCACCGACUCGAUGGUCAGGGACACGCCCAUGAAAUUAAAGUCCAUCACUGACUGGCAGACACGAAGUAUCCGUGUGUGGGAUGUUCUGAGUGAGCUGGUGUCCCUGUGCACUGUUCCUUCUCCCACCAACCCCUUCGCCUUGGACAUGCGUUACAUCAAAAACCUUCCCCUGCCAGAUCGCUUCCUGGUCACUGGAGCUCUUCUCAACUUCCUGGAGACGUAUGUGGUGUACGGGAACCGGGAUGAGCUGCACUAUGACAAAGUGGUGGAGGAGGUGAAACCUCUGAGGCGUCUGCAUGUCCAGUCUCUGUUGGAGUUACAGCGACUCCGAGGACGUUCCACAGCAACAGGCACUUUGAGAUUAAUUCUCCACGAGGGGACAGUUUCUGUAGGAAGCUUGUGAAAAAUAAACACCUGAUCUGGUGUAGAUAGCUCUUUGAGCAACCUCAGUUUGGAGAAAUAGAUUAGUUCUCACUGGAUUGAUGGGCUAAUGGCUAGUCUAAGCAGAGCCAAAAUCAAAGUGGCAUGGUACACUGAAUAAACCUUCUGCUGGCAUCAUGUUAAGUCCAGGGGCGACCCCAGAAAAUUUUGAUAAGGGUGGCCAGAUGGGUCCAAAGACAACAUUGGGGUGGAACACCAAAUAGGUCCUUGUGGUAACUCUGGGAGAGUUUAGCCUGUGGCGAUGCAUCACGUUGCUCUUUUUAUUUAAAACAAUAAAAAUAAAAAAUGUAUCCAAACCCUUAAGUGAAAUUUGAGAAACAAACAUUUCUGACGAAUACAUUUAGGUUAUUUGAAAUUUUAUUUUUUUUGUUUAAUUCGCCUGCUGCUGUCUUCACAAAAAACUAUUGAGCUCUAAACUUUUUUCCAAUGAUGAGCAAGCAGAAACACAUGUUGGAAGUAUUAGAGCUAGCUGCUACCACCAUUAUUUAUUCUUGCAAACAUCCAAAGCAAAUUUCGGCAGUGUCCAAAUCCAGGGACCGUAUCCUUCCGAGUGCACAUUUCAAGGCUGAUAACUUCACAGCAAAGCAACGAGGCUGUCCAGAUUUGAAGAUGCUCGAAAUGCGUUCUUGUUUUCCCCAAAUCUGGACGACUAUUUGUUUGCAUAUUUGGCUAAACCAUCCAAAUUUACUGCUGCUCACUUCCUGUUUUAGCAGUGGGAGGAUCCAACCCAUGUGGACCGGUUAGGACAAGUACUCACAAGAAUGCUAGCCCAUGAUUAGGUCAAAGCUCUAGUGAUGUGUCGGUUGCGAACGAACCGGCUCUAAGAGCCGACUCUUUGAAGUGAACGUGAAGUGAGAAAAUGAGCGCCAGCAGUCGGAAAGUGGAUAUUUUUUUAAAGUGUUCAGUUAAUAAAUCCAUAGAAAAUUUUGAUAUAUUGCAUUUUUUUACAUCAGUAAAUCAUUUUACAUAUAGUUUCAUUAUUUUGGUUAUAAAUGUACUCUACGCAACAAAAAAAUCUAAGGAGCCACUUGGGAGCCUCUUUUUGGUGAGCUGAGCCAAAAGAACAGACUCUGUAAAAAGAGCCGGAAUUCCCAUCACUACAAAGCUCCCAAAAAUAAGUUUUAAAGAUGGCUGAAAUCAAGUUUGAUCAGAGUAGUCGUUAGCUUUUAAAUCGCAGAACAAAUCUCCAUUUCUUCAAACUGAGGCUGUUCAAAGACCCAUCAAAAGUUCUUUCCGCAGAAUUCCACUUCCAAAUAUCUCAACUAUUCAAAUGUGAUUUAAUUUACUUUAAAUGUGUAAAAUAAGUUCUUUAUAAUUUAAGAAAACUAUACUGAACUUGAGUUUAAGUCUAAACUCAGCUGGUUGUGGUUGCAGCAGCCAGACUGAGCUGUAGCUUUAGUCUGAAGACGCUCACGUGAAGUCUGCUGAAAUGUGAGGGCAACACUACGGAGUCGUGCGAUAGCUCCAAACUCCCAGGACCUGACGGGCCGCCCCCUCGCCCUUCAACCACCCCACAAGACCGUUCACCAGGCCACAUAUAAACUUUUAAAGUUGAACUUGGAAACAGAACCACACAUCAGGGUUCACAGUGCAGAAGUUAAAUAUUUGUCUUGCUCAAAAUAACCAGUUUGCACUCAUUGUAUAAAAGUUUUAAUAUCUCGUAAAAUACACAUUUAGAUAAAUAUGUACAGACAAAAACAGAACACUGAUAAAAAUGCAUCCUACAGCAGGCAUAUAACCCCUUCUCUAGAAAAAAGUUGGGCGUUUUGCGAGAUACGGAUUGUAAAAAAACAAUUUACUAAAUAACGUGGUGCAUCUCAAUAAAAAAACUUUCAGUUAAAAAAAAAAGGCAAAGUUUGUAGCUUAAAUAUUGUCAGAAAACAAAAAGGAGACGUUUGCAGCCUCGGAGUGUGGCACUAAUCCUCCAACACUUGUAAACCCUGCAGAAAUCCCCAUCAUGAGGGCUCGUUAUGCAACGCGCCACAUAUUGGCCAACAGUCAGGUUAAAAAAUGACUAAUUUUGGAGUUUCAGGACAAAGCUGCUCAAACUGGAAUGUUGUGGCUGGACACAAAAGAGAUUUCAAGGCUUUUGGGAAGAUUCCUGGUCUCAGAUUUCCCCGGCGUGGAAUGCAGGUGCACAUCCGUGCAUUCCUCACAGAGAUGCCACAUGGGAGCACAAUGUGCCCACUGUUCACAGGAGCCACGGUAGCUUGUGCACGUCAAUGCAAAUAACUCAUGACUGUUGUUGUUUGUGCAGGAGGGGAUUUAAUAAAAGGUGGUAGAGGU